AUGGAUACCAAGCCCCACAACGUGGUCGAAGUGCUCGACUCCAUCUCAGGGCAGUCGUUUGAUACAAACGCUGAUCGUUACGAAGCAAAGGAGGCGGCAAGGCGGCUUUUGGCUCGUAUAGAAACUCCAUUCGAAAGAUCAUGGGCUCUAUCAUUUGAGACGCCAGUGCUCAUAGCGGGACUACAAAUUUGUCAAGAUCUCGGUAUAUGGUCCACAUGGGCCGCCAAACAUGACAAUAAUGAAGAUAUUCAGACUCUGGACGGGGUCAUAGAUAUGUGUAACGUUCCAGUGCAGCCAAACCUCCUUCGCCGGUUCUUGAGACAUCUUGCUGCAACAAAUGUGCUGGAGGAGACCGGAGUCGACACGUGGAAGCUCAGUCCAUUUGCGAAAGCCAUAGGAAAGGACACCACUAACAUCGGUCUUUCUGUACAAUGCGGACUGGAUCACACUAUUCCCUGCGGCGUAAACCUCGCAGGUUUUCUCGCCAAGCAUCGCUAUCAAGAACCUCUUGAUAAGGCAAAAUUUGAUAAUUAUACUGAUCUAUUCGGGAGUGACUUCUUUGACCUCUGCCAACGCAACCCUUCAGUCGGUGGGAGUUUUAUUGGGCUAAUGACUGCCCUCGCUAACCAUAAAAUGGAUUGGACCGAGGUCUAUAAUACAGCUGGUCUUGUUCAAGGCGCGGAUCUGUCUAGUUCAGGGCCAGCUCUCUUUGUGGACAUUGGUGGAGCACACGGGCUUGACACUGCUCGGUUCCUUGCGAAGCACCCAAACCUGCCAGCCUCGGCAAAAUUAGUUGUGCAGGAUCUACCAGAGGUAGUUUCCACCCAUGCGAAAACGGCACUGAGCCCAAGAAUUGAGAGAAUGGCAUACGAUUUCUUUCAACCGCAACCGUUGCUGGGUGCAAGGACCUACUUUCUGCAUGCGGUUCCGCACGAUUGGCCAGACGGGGAGUGCAAGCGGAUCUUCCAGAACAUAAAGACGGCGAUGCUUAAGGGCUAUUCGAAGCUUCUGAUAUACGAGGUCGUAUUACCAAACAAGGGAGCAACAAGCCUAAUGACAACGCUUGACUUACAGCUCAUGAACCUCACGUCUGGAUUCGAGAGAACUGAAAGGGGUUGGGAAAAGCUGUUGGGCGAAGUUGGUUUUGGAAUCCUUCAGAUUUUCCGACAUCCUGGAGCUGUGGAGAGCGUAAUUGAGGUUGAAUUACUAUGA